AUGGCUGCUGAGGAGCAUGAUCUCGAGUUUGACUCCGCCGAUGCCGGCGCGUCUUUGACCUAUCCUAUGCAGUGCUCUGCUCUGCGUAAGAACGGUUUCGUCGUCAUCAAGGGCCGUCCCUGCAAGAUUGUCGACAUGUCUACCUCCAAGACUGGCAAGCACGGUCACGCCAAGGUCCACCUUGUCGCCAUCGACAUCUUCACCUCCAAGAAGUACGAGGAUCUGUCCCCCUCCACCCACAACAUGGACGUUCCCAACGUCUCCCGCAGGGAGUACCAGCUCCUUGACAUCUCCGACGAUGGCUUCCUGUCCCUGAUGACCGAUGACGGUGACACCAAGGACGACGUCAAGGUUCCCGACGGCGAAGUUGGUGACCGCAUCAACAAGCUCUUCAAGGAGGAGGAGAAGGACGUCAAUGUUGUCAUUUUGACCGCCAUGGGCGAGCAGGCCUGCAUGGACGCCAAAGAGGCUCCCCGCGGUUAA